CAAGUUAGACCUACUGCCUCUGCCAUUGUUCGGAAAAAGCUGACUUCAAGAGCAAAUUAAUUAAAAAAGCUCCCUCCCGGCCAGAAUCUCAGUCAGUGAACCAAGUGACUGUGCAUCUAGAACCAAAACCCGUUCUGCUGCCAACUGCCAGCAGUGUUGGAUUCACGCGGAAAGUCGGAAUAUCUCGUAAAGAUUGUGAGAAGAUAACAGCGAUGGCAGCUAGCAGGGAGCAGAUCGAGGAGCUCUAUGAGUUCAUCCAUCCCUUGGCGGUACGCGCCGGGGAAAUCCUUCUCGAAGGCUACGAGAACGCCGGCAAGGCUGUGGCCCUGAAGGACGGGGAGUUCUACAACGUGGUCACCGCCUACGACAACCAGAUCGAGGAGUUCCUCAUGGAGGAGAUUCUGGCCAGGUACCCGGAGCACAAGUUCAUUGGCGAGGAGGACACCCACAAGAAUGACAACAUAACCAAGGAGCUCACCGACUCCCCCACCUGGAUCAUAGAUCCCAUCGAUGGCACCUCCAACUUCAUCAAGCAGAUCCCCCACGUCUCCGUCUCUAUUGGACUGUCCAUCAACAAACAGAUCGUCCUGGGAGUGGUCAACAAUCCCGCCCAGAAGAAGCUGUACACCGCCAAGCUGGGCCAGGGGGCCUAUUGCAACGGGGAGCCCAUCCGGGUGAGCAGCUGCAAGACCAUCAACGACGCCAAUGUAGCCUACGAGGUCUGCCUGCUGCACGCCCCCAAGAUCCGGAACAAGCACAUCAAGCGGAUCUACCAUGUGGGCUCCAAUGCCAGAAGACUCCUGGCCUACUCGGCUGUGGUGGACUCCCUCUGCAUGGUGGCCGCUGGCAACUUGGACGCCUUCCACAUCGAGGACAUGUACCCCUGGGACUGCGCUGCCGGCUACCUCCUCAUCUGCGAGGCUGGCGGAGUGGUCACUCAUCCCUAUGGCGGGCCCUUCCAAAUCAUGAAGCCGGACCUAAUCUGUGCCGGGACCGAGAAGCUAAGAGCCGAGAUAGAGCAGCUCAUAAGAAGAGCUGACCAGGAGCCGCAUGUGGGAGGCGAUGGAGUUUGUAAUCUGGACGAUGUUCUUCAAGAGAUUAUCAGCAGAAACCCCAGAUAG